AGGGUAGCGGGUUUAGGUGUAGGCCCUGAGGAGACAGCGUUUUCUGAGCUUCUCUCUGGUUCUCUCUCUCCAGAAGCUUCUGCCGGUUCUCUCUGCUCUGAGUUCCCGGCUCUGCAUCGUGCCGCCAUGAUGGGCCAUCGUCCCGUGCUCGUGCUUAGCCAGAACACAAAGCGAGAAUCUGGAAGAAAAGUUCAGUCUGGAAACAUCAAUGCUGCCAAGACUAUCGCAGAUAUCAUCAGAACAUGUUUGGGACCCAAGUCCAUGAUGAAGAUGCUGUUGGACCCAAUGGGAGGCAUAGUGAUGACCAAUGACGGCAAUGCCAUUCUUCGAGAGAUCCAAGUCCAGCAUCCAGCAGCCAAAUCCAUGAUUGAAAUUAGCCGAACUCAGGAUGAAGAGGUUGGAGAUGGGACCACAUCAGUAAUUAUUCUUGCGGGAGAAAUGCUGUCUGUGGCUGAGCACUUCCUAGAGCAGCAGAUGCACCCAACAGUGGUGAUCAGUGCGUACCGCAAGGCAUUGGAUGACAUGAUCAGCACCCUAAAGAAAAUCAGUACUCCUGUGGACGUUAAUAACCGCGAUACGAUGCUGAACAUCAUCAACAGCUCCAUUACCACCAAAGCAAUCAGUCGAUGGUCCUCUUUGGCCUGUAACAUUGCGCUGGAUGCUGUUAGGACUGGACAGUUUGAGGAGAAUGGUCGGAAGGAGAUAGACAUCAAGAAAUAUGCCAGGGUGGAAAAGAUACCUGGGGGCAUCAUCGAAGACUCCUGUGUCUUACGAGGAGUCAUGAUUAACAAGGAUGUGACCCACCCACGAAUGCGGCGCUUUAUCAAGAACCCUCGCAUUGUGCUGCUAGAUUCUUCUCUGGAAUACAAGAAAGGAGAAAGCCAGACUGACAUUGAGAUUACACGAGAGGAAGACUUCACCCGAAUCCUCCAGAUGGAAGAAGAGUAUAUCCAGCAGCUCUGUGAGGACAUUAUCCAACUGAAGCCUGACGUGGUCAUCACAGAAAAGGGCAUUUCGGAUUUAGCUCAGCACUACCUCAUGCGGGCCAAUGUCACAGCCAUCCGCAGAGUCCGGAAGACAGACAAUAAUCGCAUUGCUAGAGCCUGUGGGGCCCGGAUAGUCAGCCGACCAGAGGAGCUGAGAGAAGAUGAUGUUGGAACAGGAGCUGGUCUUUUGGAAAUCAAGAAAAUUGGAGAUGAGUACUUUACAUUUAUCACUGAGUGCAAAGACCCCAAGGCCUGUACCAUUCUCCUCCGAGGAGCCAGCAAAGAGAUUCUCUCGGAAGUAGAACGCAACCUCCAGGAUGCCAUGCAAGUGUGCCGUAACGUUCUCCUGGACCCUCAGCUGGUGCCGGGGGGUGGUGCCUCUGAGAUGGCUGUGGCCCACGCCUUGACAGAAAAAUCUAAGGCCAUGACUGGUGUGGAACAGUGGCCGUACCGGGCUGUUGCCCAAGCCCUCGAGGUCAUCCCUCGUACCCUGAUCCAGAACUGCGGGGCCAGCACCAUCCGUCUUCUUACCUCCCUCCGGGCCAAGCACACCCAGGAGAACUGUGAGACCUGGGGAGUAAAUGGAGAAACGGGCACUUUGGUGGACAUGAAGGAACUGGGCAUAUGGGAGCCAUUGGCUGUGAAGCUGCAGACAUAUAAGACAGCAGUGGAGACGGCAGUGCUGCUGCUGCGGAUUGAUGACAUCGUCUCAGGCCACAAAAAGAAGGGUGAUGACCAGAGCCGGCAAGGUGGGGCCCCUGAUGCGGGCCAGGAGUGAGUGGUGGGCUGGACGACUUCAGCUCACAGAAGCAGCAGUCUCCCCUUCCCUGGGCCAGAGUGCCAGGGACACUGGACGUCUUUGUUUGGAAGGGUUCAGGUUGAGGGGCAGCCCAGUCCCUUUCUGUCCCAGCUCAGUUUGCAAAAGACACUGACAUGUAAUUCUUCUCUAUUGUAAGCUUUCCAUUUAGUUUGCUUCCGAUGAUUAAAUCUGAGUCAUUUGAGAUA